AGACAUAUUCAGGCAGUCUCAGACACACUCCCAGUCAGGCAGUAUAAUCAGGCAAAAACAGGCGGUAUAAUCAGGCAGUAUGGGAUCCAAGAACGGAAAGCCAGUCCUGACAGAGGAAAAUGCCGAAGCUCUGGCCCAAUCAAGUGGAUUGACUCCCGUUCAGGUUCGUGAGCAUUUUGAUGCUUUUGUUGCUGAGCACCCAAACGGAAAGAUGAAAAAGAAGGAUUUCCGUGAAAUGAUGUCAAAGGCUCUCCCUAAAAAAGAUGCAAGCAAGAUGGAGUCUCAUGUAUUCAGGAUUUACGAUUCGAACAACGAUGGUGUCAUCGAUUUCGUCGAGUUCAUGGUCGUCUACUACAUUAUGACCGAUGGAACCCCACAGGAAGUCCUAGAGAGAAUAUUCAGGGUGUUUGAUGUUAACAGUGACGGAACUAUCACUAAAAAGGAGCUCAAGAGAUUGAUUAAGGACAUGUAUGGACUCCUGAAGGACGAGAAUGCUGAACAAGCAAGCCAAGAUCUUAUCACCAAGUCAGCAUUUGCUGAGAUGGAUCAGGUUUUUAAACUAUAAAAUAUUAUCAUGACC